AUGGGAGGCAAGAAUAAACUGCAGUACUACUUGAACUGGUUUUUGAUAUUGUGUGCCUUAAUGCUGCCUGUUCGCGGCCACCGCACCUUUGACCGAUGCAGCCUGGCUCGUAAGAUGGACCAGCUGUAUGUACCACGGGAUCAAUUAGAACGCUGGACGUGUAUUGCUCAGCACGAGAGCAGUUACCAGACUUGGGUGGUGGGCCCGCCGAACACAGAUGGCUCGCAAGACUACGGUAUUUUCCAAAUUAACGACCGUUUUUGGUGCCAGCCGGCAAAUGGCAAGUUUUCGCACAAUGGAUGCCACAUAAGCUGCAACAAUUUACUAACCGACGAUAUUAACGCAUCCGUCCGUUGUGCCCGAUAAGUACUGCUGGAGCAAGGCUGGUUCGCUUGGUCUGUGUUCAGACCUCAUUGCAGUGGUCACUUACCCAGCAUUGAUGAUUGUUUCAAAAGUGAGUGGCAGGAGUAUACUCUUUAA